GCAUAUUCUUUUGUCAGGUGAAAAGCAAAUCUCCCGGCAACGUUUAAGCCUUCAUUGAAUCUACCCAGACUCUGCUUCAGAAGUUUGAAUACCUGCAAUGUCAACUCUUCUCAGAUACUGAAUCCCAUAAAGCUUGAUCAUUUGAAUCAUUUCUUUGGCAACCUGAUUAUGGAUGGUUGCAAAAAAUCCUCCAUAUCGGGCCAGUCAUACAGUUCUCUCUAUGUCAAUCCUCUCACUGAGCUCAGACUCAGCCGUAGUUGCAGCUGCGAUCAUGGCCGUUUAGCUGCUAAAGGUGACGACUUCGAAGAUUUCGAUCACAGAGGCACCAAAAUCUUGACAGAUAACAAAGAGAAUACGAUGCCUAACAAGAAAGAAAUUGUAGUUUCUUCUGGUGAUGACAAGGAGAACGCAGAGCCCAAAACGUACUCCAAUUCUAAGUCUUUGUCCGCUGAUAGGAUCUUGAAGCCUACUUCGCUUCAGUUCUGCAUGCAAGUAAGUGAUUCUGAAAAGGCUUUUGGGUCUAAGAUAUGGGAUCGUUUUGAUUCGGAGAAUUCGAGGUCUCUGAAUGUUUGGGACUUCUCUGAUUCUGAGGCGGCUCCAGCUUCAUCGUGGUCCACUCUGCCAAACAAGUCUUUGAUAUGCAGACCUUUGCCUGUUGAUAUAGGAAGAUGUACCUGUGUUAUUGUAAAGGAAGCAUCACCAGAAGGACUAUCUGGGGGCAUACUGUUUUCUCUUUAUACCUAUGAAGGUAAGGGACGACAGAAUAGGAAACUGGCUGUGGCUUACCACAAGAGGCGAAAUGGGAGGUCUCAGUUCACCAUAGCUCAGAAUGUGAAAGGACUUUUGUCCAAUUCAGAUGAUAGUUUUCUUGGAACAGUGAUGGCAAACUUCAUGGGUUCAAAAUACCACAUAUGGGAUCAGGGAUAUCGUCAAAAUUGCGGAGUUAAACAACCAAAACCACCACUUUCUGUUGUGGCAUUCAUGCCUACCAUAGCAACAUGUGCAGGAAGUUACAGAAGCAUGAGGGUAUAUGUACCCAAACAUCAAUCUAUGUCACUGAAGAACACAAGUCAGGUACAACAUAUCAAAGGACUGCCAAAAGAUUGGGAGGAAAAUCUGGACAAAGUCCAUCAGCUAUUCUCAAGAAUGCCAAUUUACAACAAGAUUUCAAAGCAGUUUGAACUGGACUUCAGAGAUAAAGGAAGAUCAGGACUUCAGAUCCAAGCAUCAGUAAAAAAUUUCCAGCUGACAUUGGAGGAGAAUGGGAGGCAAACAAUUCUGCAACUAGGCAGGGUGGAAAAAUCCAAGUUUGUUUUGGAUUACAGAUAUCCUUUGACAGGUUACCAAGCAUUCUGCAUAUGCUUGGCUUCCAUUGAUACAAAGCUUUGCUGCACAGUGUAGCCACUACCACACCAUCGCUUUGUUCAACCUCUGAACAUGACAUUUGCUUUUUUCGCUUUCAAGUUGAUUCCAUUCAGAGAAUAUUGGAAAUCACAAUCUAGAAAGUGGCUUAUGGUCUUUAUUGAGUUCAAAUCAUUGCUCAUCCCUAGAAAAGGCCAUCAAUUUCUACUCCAAGAACUUGGAAAUCAAGUAUCUUUAUGCACAAAAUCUUUGUGCUCAGUGAUCAAACCUAGUUCUUUCAGAAUUGUGUAAAGUUAAUUUAAAUAUUCCUCUCAGACUUUUAAGAUAGUAUUUGGAUUAAUAUAUGUGGAUUUAGAUUUUA